AUGGAGUCCGCGCACGGGUAUCAUGCAGAAAGUGACAGUCAUUCCGCCCUAAAUACAAUCAAAGCCAUGAUACGUAUUAGUGAACGCACGCCUCGAUACUAUCGCACGGACACUCAGGCAUUUCUUCAAAAAUACUGGCGUAGCCCUUCUUUGAACACGUUCAAUGCUCUACUUCCAGUUGUGGCGUAUACGGACGCAUCCGACUGGGGUAUCGGGUUCUAUCUUUCCUCUUUCAAACAGUCUCUGGCAUAUUCAUGGAUUCCUGGAAAAGCUGGCAUCCCUAUUGGACCUACCGGUCAAGUCAUCACAUCCUGGGCUGAACUUAUUGCGGUCGAAAUGGCAAUCCAUACGCUCAUUAUGUUGGACGCAAUCGACACACUGUACCCCACUGUUAUCUUAUCAGACAAUGAUGGUGUUGUCAAAGCACUCUCUUCCGGCUAUUGGACACCAAAUUACGGUCUUGAUGGCAUCGUGAAGCGUAUUAUAUCGACCUGUUACACACAUCGUAUCAUCCUGGACAUCAGAUGGAUCCCAUCCAAAGCUAACCUCGCCGAUGGCGCAUCCAAAGGCCGGUUUUCUUCCCCUCAGCUCCGGGAGAUGGAGGCAAUCUGGGAAAAUUUAUACGACCCCGAGCUCACGCGACUGUUGAUGAUACCACCUCAUUUACGCUCGCUUACAGAACCCAUUGGCUUCUGA